UCGUCUUUCAGUGAAAGUACGAUUGACUUUGUUAACGCUUUGUUUAUCUAACGUUUUGGAAGAUAAAGAUAUCAAAUACAGAAUAGCAAUGGCGAAAGAAGCUUUCCAAAAAAUGAAGACCAUAUUAACAGACAGAAAGAUGAGCACGUACACUAAAGACAGAAUGCUGCAGUGCUACAUUUAUUCUGUCCUGACUUAUGGAAGUGAAUGCUGGACCAUUUCUCCAAUAAUGGAAAAGAGACUAGAAGCAGCUGAAUUAUGGUUCUACAGGAUUCUGAGGUUGACGUCCAUGAAGGGAACUAACAUGCUGGGAAGAUUCUUUGGCAAAGUGCUGGGUUUCACAGGCUUUACAAUUCAGUAUGGUUGUAUUGCUCACUGUACCUUUGAAUACUUAGGAGAAAUUGUCAUGUGUUCUGGUCCUUCCAUGGAGCCUACCCUUAAGGCUUCUGAUGUGAUCAUCUCAGAGAAACUCAGUCGGCACUUUUAUCGCAUUGAAAAAGGAGAUGUAAUAAUUGCUGUAAGUCCCAAUGAUCCCAAAAUGAACAUCUGCAAAAGAGUGAUUGGUCUGGAGGGUGAUAAGAUAUACACUAGUGGCCCAUUGGAUGCUUUUAAGACCCAAAGAUAUGUGCCAAGAGGUCACGUUUGGUUAGAAGGUGACAAUUUGCAGAAUUCCACCGACUCCAGGAACUAUGGACCAAUUCCUUAUGCAUUGAUUAAGGGACGAGUGUGUUUAAAGAGUGAAACAAGCUACCAGAGGAAGCUAUAAAGCCAGCUGCAGUGAUAAUGUUUAAAAGAGAUUUGGAUAGAUUUGGCCUCCACAUGAGUUUGGUUUCCUGCGAAAAAGUCCCAAUCAAACUUCCAACCGAUAAAGGAAGCAUACUGCAACAGACUAGUUCCAAGUCAUGCAUUUCUAUUUUAAAUGCAACUCAACCCGAGAUGUUUUGCAUUGACUUCACAAGUGGUUUGUGGAUGAAUAAAAGUUAUUUUUCUAAACAAGGUGCUAUUCUUUGAUAUGCUUACAAUGUUAGUUUACAGAAGAGGAGAAAUAAGAAUUGGAAGAAAAAUGAAGUCUCACACACAGCAAGGUUCUCAAAUCUAGUGGAACAGUGAACAGAAGUGAGAAUGGUGAACAACAUUAAUUACUGCUGUAGCGAGGUUCUAUUUGUUGGAGCAAUUAUGAUGCCCUAAGUAUAGACAGUUAGGAUAGAUGGUAGAAAGUUUACUGUUUGUAUAAUUUACCUUGUUUUCCGAUUUCUUUCAUGAACCACCACACAUGUAACAUGUUGAUGUGAUCUAUUGUAUACAGUUCCAAACACAUUUAAUGUUCAAAAGUGAAAUUAAUUCAUCAAAGGAAAGGUAGGGUCUUGCAGAUGAGCCAAUAUGUGGAGUACAUUUAUGCUGUCUUUUGUUGACUGUCAGAACCAGAACAAAAACCUAAAAAGCAUUUUUUUUUAAAUCAUGGAUUUUCACAUUUCAUUAAUAACUUCAGGACAGAGCUCAAGUGUUCAAUGUUGGUACCUGGAAGUUUUUGUAUGUCUCAUCUCUUCCCAACAUUUCAAGGGCAACGGUGAAAAUAACAGGUGUGCAGUAAGUUAUUUACUCUUUGAAAAGUGCAGUUGAAGAACUAGUUCUACUGAUGUCAAGCCGGAUUCAUGUCAGAUCAGUACAAGGCAAGCAAAAAUGGCUCUAAGGAACUGGAUUUUUAAAAGUUAAAUUUCGAGGUCUUCAUGGACAGGCAUCCUGUUAAGUUUAUUUCCUGAAUUCAUUUUUUAAACUGGGCUCAAAUUCACAGCAGAGGAGCAAUUUGAGUUUAUGUUCUUUGUAUAAUUAGUCCAGGCUUGUGGGCUUCUGGCUCAGUGAUAUCUGAACUUUAUGGACACAUUAAAAGUGCUCCUGGUUUUUAAGACAGCAGCGUUCUAAAAAACAUGGCUCUUAGGAAUAGUCUAGAUUGAUAUGUAUUGAUACAUAUAGUGUGAUGAUUGAUUGUGUAAAAUGCCUUAACUGUUUCUUGCUUCCAGUGUACAUUCCUUGCUAUAGUAGAGUAUUCCCUCACACUUCUGAAACCUUUUCAUCAGUUUGGUUCUUUUUUUUUCAUUUUUACGCCUGGCAACAUAUAUAUGAUUUUUUAAAAUUCAAUUGAUUUAUUUAUAAACUACUAAAUAUGCUACAAAAUGAAAAUUAAAUAACAUCUGGAGAUGUUGGAAAUCUGAAAUAGCAGAAAAUGCUGGAAAAAAACUCAGGUCAGGUAGGAUCAGUGGAAAGGGAAACUGUUGAUCCUUUAGAUUGAAGACCCUUCAUCUUUCCAAAGAUGCUGCUGCUAUAUUAGAAAUGGUGUACUAAAAAUGCCACAAUUCAGUAACAUAAUGUUAUCUUGUAAGUGGAACAUUCAAUUUUCAAAGCCGAACUGUAGUAGAAGAGAUCAUAUAGAGAAAACAGCUGAGUCAAGUGGGCUACUUCAAUCCAUUCCUAAAUUAGUGGACUCCUAUGAAUUAGCUCUGGCCCUGACUUCACUUCAUUUCCUGGUACAAUUGCCUCCUUUGACAGUGCUGCUGCCAGCUGAAGCAAUCUUGCAGAACAAAUGCUGGAUUAGUUCUCAUGAUAAGAUUCCUGAAAAUGUUAUGGAUGAAGUUCCAACUAGAAACAGCAAUAUACUCAGUUGUUAAAGAAUUUGUAGUGGAAUGCUGCAAAUCAUUCAUGCAAUACUGCUCAGUUGGAAGCUGAUGUACAAAUAUUCGAAAGAAGUGCUAUGAUAGCAUCAAACUGAUGUAGGAUUGCGCAUGGAUUAGUCUGGUAGACAAGAGGUAGACAUGGCUUUGGAUGGUUCUUUUGUUUAUACUAGUUAGAAACUACCAUACUUUGUAUUGGUAUUUUGCCAAACCUUGUUGCUUUUCAAUAAAAUAUUUAAACAUU